AUGCUCCCUGUUCUACCGGAAACGCAAUACGACGCAAGUCGCAGACGACCCGAAAUUACAUCGAAAGCCGACCUUACGGAUCUUUGUGAGAUCGAGGAUAUUCAGACGGGCGUGGUCACAAGUUCGACCUUCUCGUUUGUUGACGCCAGCGAUCAUGUCUGGUUUGGCCAAGUCCCUAACGUCCGAAAGUACGAUCUCACAGUGGAGGACUUACGAAACAAUCUUCUUGAAAUUCCCGAUGAGACUGUGUAUCCAAAAGUCGUCCCUGGUCUGACCCUGCUUCCGGACGACGUUCAGAAGGAAAAUCUCUACAUCAAGCGGCCCAAACUCCUCUGUCUGGACAGUCCGGAAGAGACUCAGUUGCUGCCACGUAUGCUUCUCGAGGAAGCUUUCACUUUGGAAUAUCUCAAGAGCAGCGAGAACAAAUACUUAGUACAUUACCAUGGGUGUCUCUCCAGGCGAGGUAGAAUCGUUGGUAUUGCCUUGGAGAAGUAUGAGCAGAUACUGCAGUAUCGGUUCGAGGACGACCCGCGGGAAUUUGACAUCGCCGCUUGUGUUAACGGCAUACGAGACGGUAUCGCGCAUUUGCACUCACUGGGCUAUGCGCACAACGAUCUCAAUCCCAUGAACAUCGCCCUCGACAAAUUUGACCAGCCUGUAGUUCUUGAUUUCGGAUCAUGCAGGAAGUUUGGUGAACAGCUAUUGUCGGGAGGCACGCCGGGCUGGAUUGACGAGGACUACAGUAUUUCUGCCUGCCAGCACGAUGAGAGUGCGUUGAAGAAGAUAGAGUUGUGGUUACAGCAGAACAACUCGACGAGGACGACUGCGGUAUACCGAGCAAAUCGAGAAGAAAACGGAACGGUUCCAAUAGCGGCUGCUGCUGCCAGUGACGCCAAAGAUAUAAUAGUGUAG